GUCACUGCCCUGAGCACCCAGCGGGCUCAUGCGACCUGUGCUUGGGAGAUAAAUUAAUGCGGGGCAGGGCGAGCCAAUCGGAAGCCGGGGUGUGCUGGCCCACGUUCAACCCACAUGUGUGGUGCUCUAUAUAUAUCUGGCGAACGGAGCGUUUAACCGCACACCGGAACGUGUCCCGCAGCGUCUGAAGGCCCACCUCGAGGCCCUCCACACCUGUCGAAUUCACCACCUCAAGCUCGAGCCACCCGUAGGUCCCUUCGCCGGCGGGUUCCCAACUUCGUGAUAUCCCCAUCCCAUUGCUCUCUCUCUCUGUCUCUCAAGUUCUCCCGAACUCCUCUCGAGAUGUCAAGAGCGGGGAGCACGAUGUCCACGGCUCGCAAAUUUUCCAGCCACUCGCAGAGCGGCGGCGGCGGCGGCCACAGCGUCGCCCGUAGCAGCGCGGCCAGCAUGUACGGCGGCGGCGCCGGUGGCAUCGAGGUGCAUUCGGGCGGCGUCUUCAUCUACGGGGCCGAGCCGGUGCUCUCCUCGUCCAAGGCGGCCUACUCCUCGUCCUCCUUCUCCUCCAUGAGCCUCGGCAGGGGCGGAGGAGGCGGCGGAGCGGGAGGAGGAGGACUGCUGGGUGGCGAUGAAAAGCUCGAGAUGCAGGACCUCAACACGCGUCUGGAGGAGUACAUGGAGAAGGUCCGCUACCUGGAGUCUGUCAACAAAGCCCUAGAGAUCAAGAUCAAGGAGUCCCGCGCCAGCAACAUCUCCACCACCAACUACGACCCCCUGCUCGUCAACAUCGAGGCUCUCAUUGAGCAGAUCACAUCUGCGAAGUUGGUGAACGCCCAAAUCUCCCUGGAGAUCGACAACGCCCGCCUGGCCGCCGAUGACUUCAGAACCAAGUGGGAGACGGAAAUUGUUCUGCGCCAGUCAGUGGAGGGCGACAUCGACAACUUGCGGGGCCUCAAGCUGGACUACGAGUCGGAGAGCGGACUGCUGCACUCCCAACUGCAGCUGCUCACCGAGGAGCUCCUCUACCUCAAGAAGAACCACGCCGAGGAGAUGGCCGCGCUGCGUGCGCAGUGCGGUGCCGAGAUGAGUGUGGAGGUAGACAGCGCCCCGGGCGUCGACCUCAGCAAGAUCAUCGCGCAGAUCCGAGCGCAGUACGAGGAGAUGAUCAGGAAGAACCAAGAGGAGGCCGAGGCUGCGUUCAAGAAGCAGGCGGAGAUGGUGAAGGCGACAGCGUCGCAGGGCCAGGCGGCCCUGAACACCGUGAAGAUGGAGAGCAAGGAGGCGCGGCAGUCACUGCAGACGCUCAUGCUGGAGCUGGAGAUGCUACGCAGCACGAACAAGUCUCUGGAGGAUGCGCUGGCCGACACGGAGGGCCGCUACGGCCACGAGCUGCAGCUGCUGCAGGCACAGCUGCAGAAGCUGGAGGGCGAGAUCGCUCAGGUGCGAGCGGGCGACAACGCGCAGCUCCAAGAGUACCAGACGCUGCUCAACGCCAAGAUGAAGCUCGAGAUGGAGAUCGCCACCUACAGGCGUCUGCUGGAGGGAGAGGACAACAGGCUGGGCGGAGCUGGUGGUGCUGGUGGAGCCGGUGGAGCAUUUGGCGCUGGUGGUGGAGGUGGUGGAGGUGGUGGAGCGUUUGGCGCUGGUGGUGGAGGUGGAGGUGCUGGUGGUGGAGCGUUUGGAAGUGGAUAUGGAGCAGGUUAUAGUUCAUCGCAGACUGUAUCUUCCUCCGCAAGCAAAUUCAAUGGCCAAGAUGAUGAUGACGACGAUGAUGAUGACGGCGUUGAUGGCACCGUUGCUGGUGGUGUGGGGGUCAUUCAAAAGAGAAGUAAGAAGAAGAUUGUGAAGAUCAUCACGCAGACGAUCCUAGACGGCAAGGUGAUCGAUCAAGACGAGAAUGUCCAGGAGAGUGAGAUGAUUGAAUGAUGGGGACAUUCCGCUCCUCCCACGUUGCUCCAUCAAAUACACAAUGGCCCCAAUGUUACUACCCAAACGACGACACCUCCAAUACAAGCACGUGUUCCAAGUCAUCACCAGUGUCCAUUCAUUGACCCCCCCCCCCUCUUCCUCCUCCCGGUGUCUUUGGGAAGCUAAAAUUAACUGAAGGGCUGGGAACUGGAGUUCAUAGAACUACACAUUAAGUUUGACUUCCAACAUGGUUCACUUCAUCAUCGGUACAUGUUUACGAAGGGAAAUUAAACACACUGAAAACCGAACUUUGAACUGUUUUACGGUAAAAAUGAAACAAGCUGCAGGCAAUAUCCGCUUCAAACUUAGUCAGUGCAUCAUAAACCGCCGUUUUAAACUUAAAAAAACGCUCUUUGAAAACGCGAUGAGAAAUAAAAAAAAUUGUCAUCGCCAGGGAGAAGUUUUAACAUCGCAGCAGUGCAUGAUCCAGAGACUGGCCGAUUAUAUUUCAAUAUGGGAACCCACCACAGCAGUACCCUUCAAUGUACUACUAUAAUGAGCCAGGAAUGUCUGUGUGUCCCGCGCGUGACGUCACUCCACGUCGACCAGCCCCCCUCAUUAAUAAUCAUGAACAGGUUACGUCCUCCACAUGGACCCCCCCCCCCUCAUUAAUAAUCAUGAGCGGGUGACGUCGCUCCACAUCGAACAGCCCCGCUCAUUAAUAAUCAUGAACUGGUGACGUCCUCCAAAUGGACACUCCUUCCAUUCAUAAUAAUUAGCGGGUGACGUCACUCCACAUGGGGGGGGGGGGCGCGGCGCCUCCUCCCCCCUCCUCGGCGUCAACUCACAACCCUCACUACAAAGGCAGAACCCUCACGUCACCACGCGAUCUCCGUAACGCUGUUGAGACAUCGAAGUAAAAAGGACGUCAUUAUGAACAAGGGAUUAUAACCUGUCAAUGAAAUAAGUCUGUGUCACCGUGGCCUUACAAAUUGCACACGAAUUAAUGCAAUCAAUAUCACGUCACGGGCUGCUUUUCACUUGCAAGUUUCAGAUUUACAGCAAUACACCCGUCCUUGGAUGGGCAAUGUCGAGGCAUAAAUAAACAGACACUUGCGCAUCCUUCACGUAUCCAUCCCUCCACGUAUUUUUGACACAUUCUAUCAGCCGCACGGCCUCCUGGGAGUUCAUCAUUUCCGCAGAAUUUAUUCAAAACAACGAGCAGGCUCCGAAGAGUCACGUGACGUUGGCUAUUACUAAUUUUUUUUGCUUAAAUGCUUUCCUUUUGGCUUCUUUUCAACGCAGAAUGAAAUGUUUGGUGUUUUGAGAGCCUGCAUCUUUCGUCGUUUCCUUUUGGUGGAUUUUUUCAAAUGAUUACGGGUUUCAUACGGUGAGCGGAAGGUCUUGGGAAUUUCUGUAAAAGGGUUUUUCAUGGGAACAUUUUAAUAAACAUAACAAUCAACA